ACGCGUGUCAUGAAAUUGCUGUCUAGAAGUUUUAAUUAACAUACUUUAGUAUACCGCAUUACGCAAUACCAGUUAUGCAACUAAUGAUUUUUGGCAAUAUUUUACUAACGACUUAAUUUGUCAUAUUGAAAUUUACUAUACAUAACCAACAAUUUUAUCGAUAUUGCUUUUUUUCGCACUAUCACUCUACUAUUCAUAUUGUUUUAAAAAUAUCAAUAUCGAUAUCAAAAAUGGCAUGUAAAAGAUCUAAAGAUGAACCUUCGGAAUGCAACAGCUUUCUUCAAAGCUCUAAACGGAUGGGCCAAGUUGCAACGCAUAUUCUUACUGCAGAAUCAGAAGUAGAAAUUGAUUUUAAUACAUCAAAAAAAAAAACACAAGAAAACUCCUUUAAGUCAACAAAACAGAAAGAGAAAAAAAAAUGUAUUUUUGAAGAACCUCCUUUACCAUCAUUACCAUUAUGGGAGCCACCAAAGCUUCCUGAUUCUGAUUCAGUAUACAUUUUAAAAUUUUAUCCCAUUUGUAAAAAAAAUAUUUUUUUUUGUUUAAUUUUUAUGGUUUAUUUGCUUUUUUUAGUUACCAUUUUUUAA